AGGGAGGGAGACCGAGGGAGGAGGCGGCUAGGAGCGCGCGCCGGCCGCGGCCGCGGGGCGGGGGGGGUUGGAAAAAUGACUCAGUAAGUUCAGCGCGCCCGCUCCGGCCGGCCCUGCGCCUCCCGCCGCGCCCGGGAUGUAUUCGUCCCCGCUCUGCCUGACCCAGGAUGAGUUCCACCCAUUCAUCGAGGCGCUGCUGCCUCACGUGCGCGCCUUCGCCUAUACGUGGUUCAACCUGCAGGCGCGGAAGCGCAAAUACUUCAAGAAGCACGAGAAGCGGAUGUCCAAGGACGAGGAGCGCGCAGUGAAGGAUGAGCUGCUGGGGGAGAAGGCCGAGGUGAAGCAGAAGUGGGCAUCGCGGCUGCUGGCCAAGCUGCGCAAGGACAUCCGGCCCGAGUGCCGCGAGGACUUCGUGUUGGCCAUCACCGGCAAGAAGGCACCGGGCUGCGUGCUCUCCAACCCUGACCAGAAGGGCAAGAUGCGCCGCAUCGACUGCCUGCGCCAGGCCGAUAAGGUGUGGCGCCUGGACCUGGUCAUGGUCAUCCUCUUCAAGGGCAUCCCCCUGGAGAGCACUGACGGUGAGCGCCUGGUCAAGGCGGCACAGUGCGGCCACCCAGUGCUCUGUGUGCAGCCGCACCACAUCGGAGUGGCAGUCAAGGAGCUUGACCUCUACCUGGCCUACUUCGUGCGGGAGAGAGACGCAGAGCAGAGCGGCAGUCCCCGGGCCGGGAUGGGCUCCGACCAGGAGGACAGCAAGCCCAUCACGCUGGACACAACCGACUUCCAGGAGAGCUUCGUCACCUCCGGUGUGUUCAGUGUCACCGAGCUCAUCCAAGUGUCCAGGACACCUGUGGUGACUGGAACAGGACCCAACUUCUCCCUGGGGGAGCUGCAGGGGCACCUGGCAUAUGACCUGAAUCCAGCCAGCACCGGCAUGAGAAGAACGCUACCCAGCACUUCCUCCAGUGGGAGCAAACGGCACAAAUCGGGCUCGAUGGAGGAAGAUGUGGACACGAGCCCCGGCGGCGAUUACUACACGUCGCCCAGCUCUCCCACGAGUAGCAGCCGAAACUGGACGGAAGACAUGGAAGGAGGCAUCUCAUCCCCGGUGAAGAAAACAGAGAUGGACAAAUCACCUUUCAACAGCCCGUCUCCCCAGGACUCACCGCGCCUCUCCAGCUUCACCCAGCACCACCGGCCCGUCAUAGCAGUGCACAGUGGGAUCGCCCGGAGCCCUCACCCGUCCUCAGCCCUGCACUUCCCCACCACCUCCAUCCUGCCCCAGACGGCCUCCACCUACUUCCCUCACACAGCCAUCCGCUACCCUCCUCACCUCAACCCCCAGGACCCGCUCAAAGAUCUCGUCUCACUGGCCUGUGACCCGGCCAGCCAACAGCCUGGACCGUUAAAUGGAAGUGGUCAGCUCAAAAUGUCCAGUCACUGCCUCUCUGCUCAGAUGCUGGCACCCCCGCCCCCUGGGCUGCCGAGACUGGCGCUUCCCCCUGCCACCAAACCCACCCACGAGGGAGGAAGCACGUCACCGACCUCACCCUUCCUGGUAUCUGGGAUAAGAAAGAUUUCUUCCCACGCCCUGCUCCUUCAUCCCGGGGGUGCUGCACAGCCGGCCCCCAACCCAUGUUUUCGGUGGAAAGUUAGAGCAAGCAAGAACAUCCCGCCGACUCCCAGCCCAGCUGAACAGACAAAACACACAGACACAUACACACAGGAGGAAAAAAAGAAAAAAAAAGGCCAAAAAAAAGACAAACGGGAAAAAAAAUCAUAAAAAUAAACCCACCCAAGCAAGAAGACAAAGGUAAAGAAGACUGCAACGCUUCAGACUCUUGGGACGCCACAGCUAGACCUGCCACCCCUCGGCUGGACCUGCCACCCCUCGGCAGAGGGCAUGAGGAUCUAACAGUGCCACGGGGUCUCCCUAAGUUACUCAUCUCUCGCUGCUGCUCUGGAAGGGCAGGGGCCUGCCUCUGCCUCCACCAGGACCAGGUGAGCGCAGCCUGGUGCCCAUGACAGUGCCCAGGCCCCGUGGGGCAGGACACCCAGAAAGGCCACCUCUCCCCCUCGCCCCCAUCGUCACCACCGCCAGGAUGUCGGCCAGGCUUCCCACACUGGUGUUGGUGUUUUCAAGCAGGAAGGCAGGCACCGUGGAGGCCGGGGUGGGCAGGGAAGUGACAAGGGCAGAAGAGGGUUGUGGGAGACCCUGGUCAUCACCAGGGGACAAGGACGUGUGGCAGAUUCUUUCUCAGGAGUGUCCUACGGUCGGUCAUGGGACGUCUACCUGCCCCAAAGCGUGCAUGUGCUGGGCUGGCUUGGGACUCGGUCUUUCAUCCCCACGCCUGUCUGUUUGGGAGGAGAAGUCUCUAUGCAAUUGCCCCCCCAGCCCCACACCCAGCGGCAUAGAAGGCCACCCCCCACCGUACCCGCCUGCGGCUCCACACCCCAGGGUAGGGAUCCACGUUGCACACACUGUAAGAAAUGCACUUUCCAAGGAAGGGGCUGUGGGGCGGAAUGGAAAGACCCAGAGGUCUUCAAGAAAGGGGGUCAUCUGGAGUCUCCAUCCACUGAGCCCUGGGAGGGGAGGGCCCCUCCCACUUACCCAGAGGAGGUGGGAGGUGAGAGUGAGUGGAUUAAGUGCCUGAUUCCCACCGCCCGCCCCUCUUUGUCCAGCUGAGACGUGAGAGUGGCCGUGGGCAUCCCCACCCCCUCCCCCACAACCCCUCCACCUCCAGUCCCCGACCCCUCAUUGCUAUGCUCCCCUCAGAGAGACGGGGACCCCCAGUGGGCCCGAGGGGCAGAGCUGGGUGUCCCCCAAGCAUCCUGCCAUGCUGGGGCGCGGGGGGCAGGGGCGGGGUCUGGGGAAACCGGUGUCCUGCCCCCCACGCCUCCUCUGCCAGUGCCUUACAUCCUGGAGCGACACCCCCUCCCUGGUGCCUCUCAGCCCAAAGGGGGACUACAGUUUGCACUUUUAUUUCCCCCCAAAGUGGGCACAACCAGGGAGGUGCAUUGCAGCUGGGCCCCCAGAAGGACUGCAGUUCACGCGAUCCUGGACGGGGUGGGGAAUUCUGGCGGAGGGGGUGCCAGCGCCUCUGGGCCCCCUGUGCUGCAUAGGGGACCUCCCAUCUGCUAAGCGUUUUCCGUUGAGCCGCUCCAAAAACACUAAGCUGGGGACACCGGGUGCCCCCCCACCCCGGCUCCCCAGCCCCAUUCCCGCCCCCACCCCAGGAUGGCCAUCUUGGGCGGGGGGCUGGGAGGGAGUGUUAGGUGUUCUAGGGUCACAAGACCCCAACACAGGGACCCCCUCCCGGCCCAUCCAUCCGAGCCCCCACUGGCCACCUCCAGCCUCCAUGCCUGGCGCUGAGGAUUACCUACCCCACCAUGACCCCUACCCUGGGCCUAGGCCAAAGUUGUUGCCCUGGGCAGGGCCUCUGCCUCAUCUGCCCCCAGCCUGGCCCUCUGCUCCUUCUCUCGGUACCCCUGGGCCUGGCCAGCCUCCCCCCACCACACACACCUCCAGAAACCGGACUUUCCUCCCAAACCAGCCCCAAGGGGCUUGGCGAACCCACUUGAUCUUACAGAGAAAGACGCAAGACCCUUCCCCAUCGACACCCCCUCCCAUUGUCCAGAGGGGUUAAGAACCCUUGGUCCGUCCAUGGGUCCCCAAGGCCCUUCCAGGUGGCCACUGGGGACCAAAGCAUGGGCCGCUCUUCGGGAGUGCAGGAGGGGAGGGCAGCUAGGGUAUCCGGAAGCUUCUCAGCCGGGAACCUUAGGGUGCAGGUAGGCGUGGUAGGGGAGGGGGCGCCUGGCAGCCCCCAGCGAUCUAACUUUGCAUGGUGCUUAGUCGAGGACUCCUGUGACCUGGCUCCUGCCGUCAGCUCGCUGACGCUGACACUGCAUGGCAAAUUAUACCUGGCUCUAUCUCCCGUCCCCAGCCUCCCAGCCCCCACUACUGCCCCCUCCUCUUUAAAAAAAGAUACAAAAAAACCUUUAAAAAAGUCCAUGUUUCCUAAUUUGCACGAAAUUUUCUACCACAUGAUGUGCCUUGCCUUCCGAAAAUAAGUAUUACCUUUAAACAAUAUCAGCGCAAAGGUAGCUGCAUGCCCUGCUCGUGUAGUUAAAAAGAAAAAAAGACAAAACAAUGACAUGAAAUAAAAAGUAAAAAUGGAAAAGGGAUGUAUUUCUAUUUGUAAAAAAAUAAUAAACAAGAAGAACUUUAAAAAAGAUACAUGCUAAAAGAGCAAUUGCCCCGUGAUCGGCCCCACCGCCCACGCCCCACCUGCCCUGGGCUCUUGUCUCCGCGGCUCCUGCUGCAUUGGGGGUGCUCCCUGGUGCUCUGCCACCCCCAGCCCCGCCCCUGGACUCCAAGGGGUCAUUUCUGAAGCCCCCGCCCACAGCAGCAGCAGACCUCAGGAGUGAGCCCUUGGGCCGCCGGCCAGUCCCCCAGAUGCCACGCAUGCGUGCAUGACCCCAGGCAGCACCCUCCCGGGGUGGCCGCCCUGCCGACAGCCAGACUCCCCCACCCCUUCUUUCAUGCAGGCUGGCAUCCCUCUGGCUCAGGGUCAAAUUGCUCUCCCACCCCCAAAGAGGCCCCCCUCUCUUCUCCUGUGCACCUCCUUCCUUCUUGCCAAAGGACCCACUUGUCCCCUCUCCCUUGAGACCGGCAUUGGGUGUCAAUUUCCUCCUGCCCUCUCCUUGCCCCUCAACACCCACUUCUAUGUCUUCCAGCUGUGACUAUGGAGGGUAUCUGGUAUGAAACAAACAAAAAAACCAAACUUGAUAUAUGCAAUAUCUGUCUGUCUGUACCUGUAGGUCUAGCCCAGCCACUAGAGGCCCAGUUAGGGAGCCAGAGGGGUCAGGGACAGUUGGGGACACCCCAUCAUAGGUCUCCGGGUGGCUGGCCAUGCUGUUGUCUUUUCUCAUUUUUUAUUUUCCUUCUUUUUUUUUAAGUUCCAAUUUCCUCUACCUUCAACUCAACCAAAGGUGAGACAAUAGCAGAUGGUUAGUGGGGUGUCCCGGCAGGGGGGGCCGGGCUCCCCACGCUCAGGCCUCCACCUGGGGGGACACACCAGUUGGAUGAUAGUCCCCAUUUAUUUGCUGCCGCCCCCUUGGACUUUAAAAUUGUCUCCAGAGCAGGGUGGGGCUUUGCAGAAAGGGCCCAGCUUUCAUCAGCCAUCACAUGCUCAUCCCAUGUUUUCUUCCCAAAAGACACCUCAGCAAGCCCCAGGGGAUGGAGGCAGAGCCCAGACCGCAGCCUCUGCUGCUGUGACAGUGCCCUGAAGAACUGUCACUUGGCUGGAGAGCCCAAGACCACGCGUGUCACUUUUCCUGUGGCUCAUUUCUGCUUUUCACACUCUGCCCCCGCCCCACAGCGCCGCCCUUCCUUGCCCUGCGCUGUGCGAUCGCAUCUUGUCAGCGCCAUUGCUGAGCACUGUAGGCAGUUCCUUCCCAGCCAGCGUGUUAUCCUGAGAUUGUUGGUUCCCAUUUCUUGAAAAAACUAUAGGGUCCCUGUUGGGCUAAACUCCCAGGUGCCUCCCUGCAGGCAGAGUAAGGCAGAAGCACCAGGAACCAGACCCCUGACACCCCUCUGCAGUUUGGGUUUAUGCCCAGAGGUGGGGAUAGGGGCCUUUGUUGGGUUGGUUUUUUGUGGGGUGUUGUUUUUUUUACAUGUAUGAAACUGACAUCUCAGUCCCCUCUGAAGCCCAUGUCACCCACCACCCAUCAUCCACCCCCACCCAUGCAAACGCCCCCAGGCUGACCCUGGCAUCCACCUCAUGCUGUGGAGAAGAAUAGGGAGGCCUCCCAAAUAUAUGCAAACUUCCCCCAUCCCUCUCUUGGUUGAGGGCACCAGACGCCUACCAGGGUAGAGAGGGAGGCGUGAGAAGACCUGGCCCUAUCUGACUAGGGACAGGGUUCGAGGUCCCCCAUGGGCAGAUCUGGAACCUAGGUUCUGGCUGAGUUCUGAGCCCCACUCUGAGCUAGACAAUCAGACUGGAAAGGAACCCCAAAGGAGACUCGGCGGUGCUGCAGCUCCCCAAGCCGCAGACAACUCCAGGCUCAGUCCCACAGAUCCCCUUUCCUGCCCCAGAACCUUCUCUCUGUCCCCAGAGACAGCAUUGUUCCAGGGACAGGCAGGCUUGACUGGACAGCAGCCAGUUAGACAGGACGCAGGGGGCGCAAGCCGUCGUCCAGCCCCCUCGGAAGAGGCAGCGCACGGGGCCGUGCCCUCCCUAUUAUGGCGUCUCCAAUGGUACUUUGACCUUCAGUGUAGGGAUACAUAUAUAUAUAUAUAUAUAUGUAUAUAUAUAUAUAUAUAUGAAUUUUUUAUUAUAAUACAGGUUAUACAGUGGCUACUUUUUGUUUUGGCCUGGAAUCUGUCUCUGAGACCCUGGUUUUUACUUUCCUUCCGAAGGGUGUUGGGAAAGGGGUUCCAGAGACCCACCCUCAAAUCCAGCUUCUCCCACAUUCCCCCGUCUUCCCCAUUUCUGUGCCGCUGGGCACUUUCUCAGAGUCCCAUCUCCAAGCUGACAGUCUCUCCCACCAUCCACCCAUUCCUACGUGUUUCACAGUGUGUGGGGUCUGAACUGACCCCAGAGGCCCACCCUUCCUCUGUCCUUGUGCCCAGCAAGACAGGGAGACAGACCCAAAGCGAUACCAGCAGGACUUGUUGCCAGCGAUACCAAAACAGACUUUUUCCAAGCAGUGCCUCACAUGUCUGCUGGUGUGGCUUUGGGGUUCUCCCCAACUCCCCAGGGGAUAUUGGGGGAGGUCAGGCCUCAGGAAAGAGGAGGCAGGAUCUAACAGGAAUAAGGGCUUCAGGAGGGGAAGGAAGUCACACACCCUCAAGCUGCUGCCCCUCCCCACAGCCCUCAACCCACACCUGGCUAGAAGGGGACCCACUGGAAAGGGGACUGGAGCUUCCCCAGUGGCCCUCCAGUUGGGAAACCCAAAGCCCAUUCCCAAGGUGUAUCAACACUUCUAUCUGUUGAUCCUCCUAUCUAGGGUCCCAGCCAGGCCCCCCGAAACCAAAGCCCCUUCAAGUCCAGAGGUCCUGGCCCCUGCCUCCCACGUCCUGCCCUCUAACCCCGCAGGACCCCACAUGGGGAAAGGACAAGCAGAGUGUAGAUCGAGGGACAGAGCACACAGCAUGGCAGGGGCCAACAGGAAGGGAGGAAAGAGACCCAUUUUCCUCUGAUUUUCCUUCCUUCCUCCCUCCUUCCUUCCCUUCUUCCCUUCCUUCCUUCCCCAAACUUUUUGGUGGUAUUGCUGUUCAUUUUCUUUUUCCUCCAAGAUAUUUUUGAGGGUUUUUUUCUCAUUUUAUAUUUUACUGAUAUUACCAGGAUAGUUUACUCCAUUUCUUGCUUUCCGCUUGCUGCACACACCGGGUAACACACCCACGCACCCCGUGCUCAUGAACCCAAGUCAGGAGAGGCUCUGGCUGGGUCUGCUCCUCCUCCUCCCCAGUGUGAGGACCGGAUGGGGACAAGGGGACAUCUGGGCAGGCCUGGGCCCAGCCCGCUCCCUCUCCUGGCUCACCCGCCCUGCUCCCUCACAUCAUACUCCGAUCAUAACCUUGUAUAUUAUGCAGUCAUUUCGGUUUUCGCAGACGCGCCUAAGUACCAUUUACAGAAAGUGACUCUGGCUAUUAUUAUUUUGUUUGUUUGUUUCCCUAUGCAAAAAAAAAAAGAAAAAGAAAAAGGGGGAUUCCAUAAAAGAUUCAAUAAAAGGCAAAAAAAUAAAAAAGAAAAAUGUAUAAAAAUUAAACAA